UUGGCCCGCGCGAGGCGUGCUGGGAGCGGUAGUUCCUCUGCGAUGAGGCGAGUAGGCGAUGUCUAGGCCGGGCCAUGGCGGCGGUAACGGGGCCUUCGGGGCUGGCGGGCGCCUCGGAAGCGGAGAGGCCGCGGCCCAGGCCCUUCCUGAUCGGCGUCAGCGGAGGAACCGCCAGCGGGAAGUCAACGGUGUGCGAGAAGAUCAUGGAGCUGCUGGGCCAGAAUGAGGUGGACCACCGGCAGCGGAAGGUGGUCAUCCUCAGCCAGGACCGCUUCUAUAAGGCCCUCUCUGCCGAGCAGAAGGCCAAGGCCCUCAAGGGACAGUACAACUUUGACCACCCAGAUGCGUUUGACAACGAGUUGAUGCAGACGACCCUGAAGAACAUUGUGGAUGGCCAGACAGUGGAGGUCCCGACCUAUGACUUUGUGACCCAUUCCAGGCUUCCGGAGACCACGGUGGUCUACCCUGCGGAUGUGGUCCUCUUUGAGGGCAUCUUGGUCUUCUACAACCAGGAGAUCCGGGACAUGUUCCACCUGCGCCUCUUCGUCGACACGGAUUCGGACGUCCGGCUCUCCCGCAGAGUUCUGCGGGACAUGAAGCGGGGACGGGACCUGGAGCAGAUCCUGACGCAGUACACCACCUUCGUCAAGCCGGCCUUCGAGGAGUUCUGCCUGCCGACCAAGAAGUAUGCGGACGUGAUUAUCCCCCGGGGAGUGGACAACAUGGUGGCCAUCAACCUGAUUGUGCAGCACAUCCAGGACAUCCUGAGCGGGGAGCUCUGCAAGUGGCAGCGGGGGGCCCUCAACGGCAGCCGCUCCUCCAAGCGGCCCUUUCCGGAACAGUCCGAGAACGGGGCCCUCCUGGCGCCGGGGAAGCGCUCCCACCUGGAGUCCAGCAGCCGGCCCCACUGACCCCGGGGGCCCCCCCUCGGGGUCAGGACUCUGGACCGAGCCCUUUGGGACUGGGCCAAGGCUUCACGGACCACCGCAGCCAGGCUCUCGGGAAGGUAAGGGAAGGCCUCUCAACAAGGGAGCUCAAGGGCUUUGCGUUUACAUUCUCCUCCUGACCUUUUCUGACUGAUUCAGGGGAUGAUGGGCUUCGAAGUAUAUAUUGGCCAUAGCCAGAAGCGUUGAGUCUUUGUCCCGGAGUCUUUCUUACAAUAGGAAGGAUCUCCCUUUCGAUUAAACUGCCCAAAUCCCAUGCCAAUUGGUUGGAGCGGUCAGCCUUUCCUAUACAUCGGAAGGGGCUUUGUGUUUGCCUUGUACUCCAGUCAGGUGUGAGCACAGGGGACGAUGGGUUUAAAGAAAGUUGGAGGGGUCCUUUCUUAAAAGGGGCUAGAUGAUUUUGCAAGAACCUGGGGAAUUUGUUUGUAACUGUUGCUAUCCUGCUGCCGGAGAACCUGUCUGAAUGCCUUUGUUAACCUGCCAAUUGGUUGGAGCAGUCAGCCUUUCCUGUGCAUCAGGAGCGAAGGGACUUUGUGUUUGCAUCGUUCUCCUGUCUGCUUCAGGGGAUGAUGGGAUUGGAAGACGCCCCAUUCAUCUUGGCUAUAGCAAGAAGUAUUGAGGCUUUGUCCCAGAGUCCUUGUUAAAGACUUUGGCCAGUUUGUUGGGAGAGUCGGCACAGAGGAAGUGUGUUGUGUCUCUUGUCCCAAGUGGCCAAUGUUUGGGAGGAACCAAAAAACAAGACGCGUACUAUUGUAGGUCUGUCUGCGCAAGGACGCAUUUGCUUUUGCACAAGGUUUGCAAACGGUAAUCAUUGGGACCGUGGAGUCGAAAUCGAACUGGUAUCGCAUUGCUGUGAAGGACCCGGAAACGGCAACGAGGCCUCUUGUUUUUGUGUGGGUUUGGGCUUUGGAGGUGUCCGUUGUCGCCCUCGCACCCAGGCCGGGUCUAAUUACGCUUGGCUUUGUUUACAAAUGAAACAAAUAAAUGGUAUAUGAAAUCUCGACAA